UUCAGUUCCCGGCUCUCUAUCACCAGAAUCCACUGCACGGCACUCUAACAGCACAGUCCCUCAACACUAGAGCCACUCACCUCCUGACCUAAGUGGCUGCACUCUUCUUCCUCCCCUGCCUCCCUCGGCCCAGUCCUCUUCAAUGGAUCGCUCCCUUCGCCCUCUAUCCUCUCGCUGCCGUUCCUUUGGUCGACCUUCCCGCACACGAAUGUGAUCGUCAUGCAGUCUGCCAUCUUCACCUUGUUCCCCUCCCUCCUCUUUCUCCCUGCGUGUCCCCAACCUCUCAGGAGAUCUUGAGUAGCGUUCCUGACCUCUUCCUCCUUCCUCCCCAUCCCCAGACCUGCACACACACACACACACACACACACACAUUCCUCUACUUACUCCAGAAAACAGCUUACCUAUCGCUUCCUUUCCUGUCCCUGCCCCUUGCCUUUCUCUCGCUGUCACUUCCUUUCCUCUGUCUCCUCUGGAGCAACUUCUCGUCUUCCUCCUGUCUGCGACGCAGCUUUUCCUCAAUUUCCUUUUCCCUGCUGGCGGUGUCCACGGGCCGAGCUCCUCCAAACACACUCCCUUUCUCUCUCUCCUCUCGAAGCUCCCUCUCUUUCUGUGCCUUCUGCAUCUCUAUCAAAUGAGAACACUCCUGUAAGAGCAAGUCUCACCUCCUCUUCCUUUCCUGCUCUCUCUUUCUCCCUCAUCAUCUUCUGCUCUAUUUCCAUUUCGCGUGCCGCAGUAUCCACUGGCUGAGCAGCUCCAAAUAUGGCACUGCGGCCGUCAGUAGGAGCACUGUCGACUGGUCUGGAGCGAGGCUGCGGGGCCUACACCACUGGCUACUGACACUGCGAGAGAGGGGAACACACACCUGCAGCUGCAGUCUCGGUCUCUCCUGCGGCUCAGGCCUUCCCGGAGGGCUUCUGCCACGCCCAUAUCCAUCGUCAUAACGUGGUGGUCCCCUGCGAUCUUGCUCAUACCUACACAUUCCGACUUACUAUUCAAACAUACUGACUGUAUUAGCACUAUUUCUCAUAGUGAGUAAUACUGAUAGAUCUAAAUUAGGUAUAAUAUAUGUGUCAUUUGCUACAAACACGCAACGCAAAAUGCAACAGAAAAAGGAAAAACAAUUGGAAAAAAACAUUAAGUACAAGGUUUGAACUGGAGACCUAAAGCUGACAACAUCACUUUACUGCUGGUCCAAUCAAGGUGUAUGCCUCAACUUUGCUAAAACAACACAUUUGUUACACAGGACAGUUUGCCUGCUCCGUGAAAAAACAAAAACACGAAUACGUACCUUCCCUCCUGCCUUCUUCUUCCAUACCCUCCAUCGUAGUCACCAUAGUCCCUGCUGUUUUCAGGCCUAUAGAGAUGAAAAGAUAUUUGCUAAACAAGUAAUCACACCCACAACCUACCUUUCGUUCCAGCCUCCAGAACCAUAUCCUCGUCUCCCCCUGCCUUCAUACCCUCCUCUUCCUGCAUAUCCACCUCUCUCCUCAUACCCACCUCUUUCAUACCCUCCCCUUCCUUGAUCAUAAUUUCUCCUAUUGUCAUAGCCUCCUCCUCGGUAGUCAUCUCCAUACCUGAUGAACAGAACACAUCAGACAAUUAAAUAAGAAGCUCUUCACCAUUUUCAGAUGUAUCCAUCAUGUCAUAACAACCUUGCUUCAAUUACUACACAUCAGUAAAGUGCCUUGAAUCAAUGGAAAGGUUUGUGCACACAAGUCACUAUCACACGAUGCAUAUCUGCCGUGAAAUAUCAGUGACCCACCCUCUCCCUCGCUCGUAGCGAUCUCCAAAAGUAGGUCCAUUCUGGUAGUCCCUGGGACCAGGAGGGGAGUGGCCAUCGUCUCCGGAGCCUCUUCGCCAGUCGCUUUCUGUCCGAUCGUCUGAGUCUCUCCGGAACCUUUCUCUCCCUCCGUCUCCAUCUGUACACAAAAAACCACUUUGCGCUCAACAUACUGAAUAGUCCGGAGGCCAAGUGCUAGACAGUAAAUCAUUGGACCUGAGUGUGAAUCACACAGUCGACGUUUUUAAUUACUUUUUUACCACCGUUGCCACUUUCUGGCCACUAUCAAAUUGCAUAUCAACCCACCGGCAGAUUUGGAGGUUGCCAAAUCAAUGGUCACCGAGCGAUUCUUCAAUGUCUGAAACAAAAAGAACACAAUGGGACAAGUGGGUGUGGUCAUUACAUCAUCACCUCUCCGGUGAGCUCGAGUGCAUCCAGUAUGGCUGCAACACUCUCCAGCUCUGCGUAACCGAACCCUUUCAGUCUGCUCGUCCCACUGUCAGUUGGUAGUCUCACCUCCUUCACCUGCUCCAACCAAUGCUGAAUGAGAGAAACAAUCAGGAGAUAACACACCGUCAGGUUCUUUCUCCCAAAGAAGUGCACAAUGUCGUCUUCAUUGCAUUCAUAGGAGAGGUUUCCAAGGUACACAGUGUAGGGAGGAGCCUUAGGCAGACGACCCCGGUCAAUAUUCCUGGCUUGAGCCUUGCGAGGAGCACUCGGCAGCUGAGAGCGGUCAAACUCCCCUCCUCCCUGCCAGGUUGUGGUAACCUCUGGCACAGAGAGAAACACCAUUACCAGUUCACCUGUUGCACCCUUUACUUGCCUACCUUCUGCAUCCCCUCUCUCGUCCAUGGCGUCAGCCCAGCUGUCUGUACGCUUUGGAGGGUCUUUGGAGGAGUAUUUGCUCCCAAUACUGGGGCGUGCCAGGAAGUCAUUCAGGGACUGCGUCUUGUUCGACUUCUGCUUCUUCUGUUUCUUCUUCUUCCCGCUGGAAGCUGAGUUUAGAGGUCAGUAGCCAGUCACAAAUGAUAAACGGUGGCUUUUCACAAACCUGCCUCCUCCUUCGGGAGCUCCAUGUCCUGGUUCGGAUUCACAACAACUACCUCUAGCUACUGUCACACACACGCACAAAAUGUGCGCGACAAAAAGCCAUGUGGUGGAGCACACGUGAUAGUCAUGUGCUCGUUCUCCCCGCGCCCCCAAUUUUGUGCUGCUGCGGGCAAGUUAGUGGUACUGUACUAGUGUGCAGGGAGCUCCUCUGUGCUGCGGGUGUGGACCUAACGAUGGCCGAUAGAAAAGCCGAAAUAGAUCUAAAACGUAAGAAGUUGGAGGAACUAAGAAAAAGCCGUGAACAAAAGAAGAGCGAGACUGCGAAUAAGGCGCUCCUAACUCGAGGGAGUCCUUCCAGCCGCACCAAAUCCCCAGACCCACUUUCCAAGGAGAGAGACGAUGUAAAUAAACUUGUCAGUGAUCUGAUUGGAGGGUCCCCCCCUGCCACCAAACCCUCCUCCACUCCGUCUGUGCUGGCGAAGUCUCCAGGAGAGGUUGCUGCUUCUCCUGCAGCUGGCACUCCAGCGCCAGCUUGCAAGAGGAAGACCAAGUUGGUGAUAGAGGCCCUGGCGCCUGUCGUGAUCAGACCAAAGGAAGUCGAGGUCUACGUAAAGAGUACACAAACUGACAUGGUUUCCAUGGAGCCCCAGAGGAAUGAUGCCGAAGAUGAGGACGCGCUGGUGGUGGAAGUGGUCUCAGCCAAAUCUCUUCCAGCUGCCACCGAGCCCGACAAGGACAAGGUCCAGACACACCCCCUAUGCAUGGAGAUGUCUGCAGAGCAGCGUGACAAGAUUGUUGCGAGCGAUGAAUUCCUGACAUUCUUUGACCGAGCGUCACGACUGGUGGAGCGAGCGUUGACCAAACCUUCUGAUAUAUUGUUUGAUUAUGUAUCGGGGAGUGGAGAGGAUGGCAGAGACGCCCUAGGGAGUCUGAAGGCAGUGAAGAAGAAGGUGUUUGUUGAUGAGAGAUGGAGUCAGAGCCGCAUCGUGACUGCCAUGGAUUGGUCCAGCUAUCACCCGGAGCUUCUCCUAGUCAGCUACUUCACCAAUACCAACAUUCCUCAUGAUCCAGACGGUGUGGUCCUCAUGUGGGACCUCAAGUUCCAGAAAGAUACACCAGACUACAUCUUCAACUGCCAGAGUGCAGUCAUGUCUGUUGCGUUCAGUAAAUUCCACCCUAGCUACAUAAUUGGAGGGACUUACUCAGGCCAGCUAGUACUGUGGGACAUCCGCAUUGGGAAGAGGACACCAGUGCAGCGAUCUCCUCUCUCCUCCUCAUCUCACACACACCCAGUCUACUGCCUGGAUGUCGUGGGCACUGAGAAUGCUCACAACCUCAUAUCUGCCUCCAACGAUGGCCGGCUCUGCUCAUGGAACCUCGACAACCUCUCACAGCCUCAGGAGAGCCUGGAACUAGCUAGCAGAGGAGCAAAACAGGUUGCUGUCACUUCUCUCUCAUUCCCCUCAAAUGAUGUGAACAAGUUCAUUGUUGGCAGUCAAGAGUGUGCAGCUUACCAGGGUCAGCGUCAUGGUAGCAAGCCAGGUCUGGCGGUCCAGUUUGAUGGCCACCAUGGACCAGUUACAGCUGUCAGCUGCCACAGAGCCACUGGGGGACAGACUGAUCACUCCCACCUCUUCCUGACCUCCUCCUUCGACUGGACUGUCAAGUUGUGGAGUACCAAGUUACAGAACGAGCAGCAGUUAACAAGCAAGACCGGCACACCUCUGUGCUCCUUUGAGAACAACAGUGACUAUGUGUAUGAUGUCCAGUGGAGCCCCACUCAUCCUGCUGUGUUUGCCAGCGUCGAUGGAGAAGGAAGGUUGGAUUUCUGGAAUAUCAACACUGACAUUGAGGUACCUACACUGACGGAAAACCUGGAUACUUGUCUCUCCAAACUACACUGGGCUCCCAACGGCCACUAUGUUGCUGUGGGAGACUGUGAGGGAAAGGUUCAUAUCUUUGAAGCAGGAGAGGCCCUGUAUUCCCCAGCUCCUGAUGAGAGUGCCAGGGUCCAGGCAACACUGCUGGACCUGCAGGAAGCUCAGGACUCUAGUAUGACCGUCCUCUGAACUAAUUAGGAGGCGCGGUCUGCAAGCAGACCCCGCCCCUUCGUUUAGUCAAUCAGCAUCAUUUUGUGUUAUUAUAGCGUGUAAUGUUUUCAUUGGCCGGAGGAGAGAGAGGCGGGGAAAGCUGGGGUUUAGAGGCGGGAAGUGCGCCGUGCUAGCUAGCAGUAUUCAGGGACUUGGCAUGGCUGGAGUUGGCCCGGGCAACCAACUCAGGAGUAGAUCGCAAGCUCCGCAGAGUAUGAAAGAGGCGAAACAGCCGGAGUCGACACAGGGAGCGGUAGACAAGAAAGAGCCUUCCAAGAUGAACAGGAGUGGUGAAAUGGUGGCGUUUUUCUGCUUUUUAGGGAUAUUUAUUUCAUACUUCGUCUAUGGUCUGCUUCAGGAGAAGAUAACGAGGAAAACGUUUGAUGGAGAAAAAUUUCACUUCUUCAUGUUCCUUGUAGGCUUCCAGUGCGUUGUAAAUGCCUGCAUUGCUAGGGCUGUGAGUUGGUACCAGGAAAUUGCAGUCUCCCUAAAGCCGUACAGACUUUACCCCAUACUGUCAGUCUCAUAUGUUGGAGCCAUGGUUGCCAGCAACAGUGCAUUAGCCUACAUCACCUACCCCACUCAGGUUUUGGGCAAGUCAGCCAAGCCCAUUCCUGUCCUCAUUCUAGGUGUUGUUCUUGGGAAGAAGCACUACCCAGCCAUGAAGUACCUCAUAGUCCUCUUAAUAGUGGUAGGUGUGGCUGUGUUUCUCUACCGGGAUGACAACCAGAAGGCAACGAAUGAAGUCCACUCUUGGAGGCUGUUCCACUUUCUGGGUCUUGGAGAGCUGCUGGUGUUUCUCUCCCUCACUCUGGAUGGAGUCACUGGAGCCAUCCAGGAGCGACUGCGACAGAGUUAUGACAACUCUGCCUACCACAUGAUGUUUGCUGUGAACGUGUAUGCCUGUUUCUACCUGGGAGCAGCUUGUCUCCUCAGUGGGGAAGGACUGGAGGCAGUUGGCUUCAUCUUCAGGCAUCCAGAAGUGUCCCUCAACCUAGCAGCUUUCUCUCUAGCAAGUGCAGUAGGUCAGCUUUUUAUCUUCACAACAAUCACUCACCUGGGCCCCCUUACCUGCUCCAUCUUCACUACCACGCGCAAAUUCUUUACAAUCUUGGCAUCUGUUCUUCUCUUCGCAAACCCACUUCUUCUCCGCCAGUGGGUUGGCGUGAUUCUGGUGUUCCUGGGCCUCCUGCUCGAUGCCUUCUAUGGCAAGUCCUCUAAACCAGAGCAAGAAAAAGUCAAGGGCAAUGGCAUUCCUCAGGCACCAAGUUCAACUGUCUAGCACUCAUUUGUAUAAUAUAUAAUAUUAUUAUCAUCAUAAAUCAAUUCUAAUAAAAGCAGUGUUCAAUGUUGUAUAUACAUGGGGUUAUGUAACAGGUCCAGUUGCUAGGAUUCGGCACAUCUGACUACUGCUCUGAGGUCGUGGGAUGGCAGACAUGGCUCUCCUCCCUCUCCCACCUGGGAAUGAGCGGUAGACGGAUGCAGAUUUCUGCCUCAUCAGCCGUAUGGUGGCUGGGGCUGAUUGUGUGCGUUGGCGGAAGGUGUGCAGUGGCCUGGGGUUCUCAAAGGGAUCUUCAUAGUCAAACACAGAAUGUCGAGCCCGAAGGUCAAAAGUGUUUCUGCGAUAGCCUUCCUCACCAUGCCAACCAACAGCUGCAUGUUCAGUUGGAACACUAGUGUGGCCUCCCCACACCAGUCUUGUACAACCUGCAUGCAGAAAUACUUCAGAUACUGUUUGGAGUAACAUGCACACAUCACCUGCUCCUUCUUUCUGUCUGGCUGUAAGGUAAGCAGUAGCUUCACUGCUGGCACAAAACUUGUCAAUGACUCUGCCUUGCAUUGAAACCUCUUGUUCUUGCUUUCUGGUGACGAAAGGUGGUAGUCCUUUUCGCUUGAAGUAGCUGGAGACAUGUUUGUCGGAUUGGGCCUUGAACUGCGGAAUACCGAUGUUCAUGGAGGGAAACGUUCUGUCUGUUUCAUCGUUGGCGAGGUGACUCACACAUACGCCGUCCAGCACGAACCCUUGCUCCAGUUGCUUCUGUCUAUAUCUUUCAGGACUUUGAUAAGUAAAUUUUGUAGAACUGCUGAAGCUGACGCGUCUCUUGUUCUUCAUCCGCUUUUCAUCGGGGCUUGUGCUCGACGUCGUCUUUUUCGCUUCCAUCGUCUCUUAGGCUUGGAGAAACCGGCUGAAGGCGGGGCU